AUGAAAGGAUUGAUUGAACAUCAACAUAAUUGUAGAAAGAACCAAUUAGGGAAACCUAUAAUGUUUGAAGAGGGAGAUGAUGAUUUUAUUUAUUUUAAAAGUUAUAAAAAAACUCAAAGGAUACCAAUUGUUAUUUAUGCAGACUUCGAAUGUAUUUUAACUCCUAAAAAACCUGAUGAAUUUAUUCAGAGUUAUGAUACAUUUCUGCCAUCAAAGCUAGAAUUUUAUAACUCUUUAACAGACGAGAAAAUUAGUGAUGAAGAUUAUAUACAUGCUAAAAAUGUAUGGCAUACAUUUGAUAUAAAGACUUUAGGUGAAUAUAGCGAUCUUUAUUUAAAAACUGAUGUUAGCAUACUAGCCGAUGUGUUCGAAAAUUUUAGAGACUUAUGUUUAUCUACGCUCGAACUAGAUCCUGCUCAUUAUAUGACUGCUCCUGGGUUCGCUUUUGACUGUAUGCUGAAGUAUACCAAGGUCAAAUUAUCAAGGUUAAAGGAGUAUAACAUGUUGCUUUUCUUCGAAAAAUCAAUUAGAGGCGGGAUAUGCCAAUCAACCAAAAGAUAUGUUAAGGCAAUCAUACCAAAUAUCGAAGGAUUGGACUAUAAUGCAAAUGAACCGAUCACAUGGAUUACAUAUCUCGAUUGUGUGAAUUUGUAUGGGAAGUCUAUGUUAACAGAAUUACCUUUUAAAGAUUUUGAAUGGGUUGACGAUCUCAACAUAGAUGUAACUAAAAUUGCUGAUGAUUCAGAAGUCGGAUAUAUAUUAGAAGUUGAUAUUGAGUAUCCUAAACAUCUAAAUAAAUAUCAUAAUGAUUUCCCAUUUUUACCGUUUAACGAAUGUCCACCGAAUUCGAAAGUUGAAAAAUUGUUAACUACUUUAUCACCGAAAAAAAACUAUAUUGUACAUUACAAAAAUUUAAAACAAGCAAUUUCUCACGGUCUUAAAGUAGUAAAAAUUCAUCGAGCUAUCCGUUUUUCUCAAAGUAAAUGGAUGGCAUCAUACAUAAAAUUAUGUACAUCUAUGAGAGUACAAGCUAAAAACGAGUUUGAGAAGGAUUUCUGGAAGUUGCUAAUGAAUAGCGUUUUUGGUAAAUGUAUGGAGAAUGUUCGAGCAAGAACUUCUAUAAAACUGGUUUCUUCAGAACAAAAAGCAAGGAAAUUAAUGGCGAAAACUAGUUUUAAAGACAGAACUAUAUAUUCUAAGAAUCUCAUGGCCAUUCAUCAGCAUAAGGAAACAAAUAAAUUCGACAAGGCAAUUUAUGUAGGAUUUGCAAUUUUAGACGUUUCGAAAACAUUUAUGUAUGACUUCCAUUAUAAUGUAAUGAAGAAAAGGUAUGGUACUGUAGUGAUCCCUCACUGCUCGCUUAUAUUUUUGAGUUCGUCGACGUUGAUGGUGAAUGUAGGAGAGAAGGUUGUAGAGCGACAAGUUACACAAAGCGAAAAGCACCUGCCCGAGACUCAGCGUGUGCGUAGUGCAGACUCUGUACUAAAUCUAAUUUUACUAUAG